AUGGGCUCUUUACGUCAGGGUUCUCUUUUGGCUCUUCUGUCUUCAACACCAACGGUCAUAGGGUCUGACCCAAAAUUAAAAUGGUAUCCUCCUAGUGAGAACAAUGUCAAUUCUCUAAGUGGUGCGAUUAAUGGCGAAGGUACUUAUGGGUUUAUCUUUGACUCGUCGGUUACACCUGAUGAAAAGUAUGGCACGUAUAAUUGGUGUAACAUGCCUCAUGCGAGGAAGAGAGAAUAUGAGAAACCUUCCAAGGAAUAUGAGCUUCAAUAUGUCGAAGUCAUCCAAAGACACCACAAACGCACUCCGUACGCAAGCAACGCGUUUCCAGUAGAACCAUACCAAUGGAACUGCGAUAACCAGGGCCUGUACUACUACGGUAGGCAAUUCACCGAUGAGCCUAAACCCAACGCACAAGGGUACUGGAAAGGUUUCAUAUCAGAUAUCAACCCUUUCAUCCCCUCCGGAUGGAUCGGAUCAUGUCAAUUCCCCCAGAUCACGGCUGAAGGUCUCGACGACUCAUGGGUCCAUGGCAAAGAUUUGUACGAAGUGUAUCACGAUCUUCUCAACUUCAUUCCCGGCCGUGAUGAAGACUGGCGAAGCAAGGUCAAGUUUAGGGUCACCAACAACCAAAUCACGAGUCAAGUUGCAGGCAUGUUCAUCAACGGCAUGUAUCACACCACCGAUUCCGUACCACUGCAUAUCCAACAAGCGGGCGUGGACAGUCUUGAACCGCAGUACAAAUGCAGUGUUGGAAGCAAGUUGAGCAGUGCUAUCAAGUCGUCUUCCAAUGGCGAGUGGAAGAAGCAUCUUGACAAGACGAGAGAUCUGUACAAGAUUCUGGAUGAUAUCUCUGGUGUUCCAGCGGGUGAUGAGGGCUUUCAUGAGAGUUUCGAUCAUUACUAUGACAAUUUGUCUGCCAGACAAUGUCACGCCAAACCCUUCCCUUGCAAGCUUGUCGAUGGGAAGAACUCUACUACCUGCGUUGAUCAAAAGCUGGCCAACACGGUCUACAGAUUAGGUCAAUGGGAAUACUCCCAGAUCUAUCGUGAUGCGCCUGCUUCGUUGGCUGCGUCAGCCACAUCUUGGGGCGUAUGGAUCGCCGAGCUGGCCAGCCACUUUAGGCAAGUCAUGUCUGGCAAGCAAGACAUCUUGUAUCUCCACAACUUUGCGCACGAUGGGUCUGUUAGUCGUCUUUUGAGCAUUCUUCAGAUUGACGUUAUGGUUUGGCCGGGUAUGGGAAGUGAGGUAGUGUUUGAGCUUUACAAGAAGGACGGCCAAUACUUUGUGAGAGUAUUGUUUAGCGGUAAGACGUUAAAGUCUUCGCAUCCGGAUUUGGGGGUCAUGGAGAUGGUUCCUGUUGAGAGGUUGUUCGAAUAUUUUGAUGGAUUGACUGGUAAGGAUGCCAGUCUUGUCAAGGGUAGAUGUUCUGCCCCAGGCCGCACCACCAUCACCAGCGGGCGCGUACAUACGCACUGUAACCCGCCAAAACAAUGCGUCAUCAUUCCAGAGGUUACUAUUCCACCUCAACCACCUCAGUCUCAGACUCCGGCCCGAGAUCAGAUUACAGCGCCAGCCCGGGAGAUACAGCAUCAAGCUACAGUUCAAAUUCUAGCUAUUGUCCACCAUGCAAACGGUACUUCCGCUGUGAGACAUCCCUGGAUCAGCACAUCCUCGCCAAACAUCACGACACGUAUUGCUGGCGAUGCGACAGGCAUUUUAAUCAUGUCGCUGCUCUUGAACAGCAUGUCGUCAAUUCGUACAAGCAUCAUGUUUCACCUUGAAGAAUCUCACAAUGCCUGUCUUGAGUGCAACGAGUUAUUCUACGACGAAGAGGAUUUGAUUCAGCAUGAUGUAGAAGUCCACAAUCGAUGUCCCACAUGUCAGCGAUUCUUUGAUUCCCCAUCCAAUCUCAUCAAUCAUGAAAAAGUCCACUUGGAGAAAAACAUGAAAUGUCUUGCAUGUCCCAGAAUGUUCAUCUCUAAUUCAGCCAUGAUGCUUCAUCUAGAGCACGGUACUUGCGAAUCAGGCGCCAACCUUCGCGUUAUCAAGAACGUCGUUGCAGAUUGGUAUGAAGAGUACGGACCGGCCGGACAUGACCAUGAAGACGACUUUCGAUGCGAAAACUGCGGUUCUUAUUUUAAUAGUCUCAGUGCCUUGCUUCAGCAUGCUGAAAGUGAGACGUGUGAUGCUGCUGUUUGGGAUUUUUAUCGCAUCUUUGUUCACAUUGAAUAUAACCAGGACGCGUUUCAACUUUUUGACUAUUGA